AUGGUGUCCGACAUUGAAAAGCCCCGCGACUCUCAUCCUCUACAGAUUGUCACACAGGAAGAGCUGGGAGAUUGUGGCUCAUCGAGUACCGCCUGUCAGUCACGAUACCAACGAUGGGCGCGAAGUAUCAAGAACCUCGAGACCCAGGGGGUCGAGCGGGUUGCGCCAGAGGACCGUCAGAAACACACCGCGUCUGACUCGUUCCAUAUGUUGCUGAUGUGGUUCAGUAUGGGGAUGGCGGUCAGUCACAUGGUUGUUGGAUCAAUAGGCACGCUGGUCAUGCAGCUAAGCUUCAAGGAUGCUGCCCUCUGCGCCCUCUUUGGGAACCUUCUUGGGGGGUUAUCAAUUGGCUAUAUGAGUACAUGGGGUCCCAGGAGUGGGAAUCGCACACUUAUAGUGACGCGGUAUUUCAUGGGCUAUUAUCCCAACAAGGUCUGCUGCUCGUUGAAUGUAUUAACCAAUCUCGGCUAUGGGAUGAUCAACGCCAUGGUCGGAGGACAGAUCCUCUCUAAACUCUCUGGAGGGUCCGUUUCGGUGGUGGUUGGUAUUAUCAUCGUGGCCCUUGCAAGCUGGGCCAUGGCUACGUUUGGGAUGCGCAUCUUCCAGAUAUAUGAAAGAUUUGCUUGGCUCCCGCAAUUGCUCACAUUCUGUGUCCUGGCCGGAUCAGCUGAACCGUUCUUCAAUUUCCAUACCGUGUCGGUUGGAAGUUCUGAAGAUAUUAAAGCCAAGCGCCUGGGCUUCUUCUCCCUUUGUUUUUCCUCGGCUCUUUCAUGGACACCUUCCGCCGCAGACUAUUAUGUGUAUUAUCCGCCCACAGUCAAGCUGUGGAAGACGUGGUGCGUAACCACUGUGGGAGGAUGCGCAGCAAUGAUCAUCAGUCUCCUCCUCGGAGUCGGCUUGGGGACGGGAGUUGCAAGCAACAGCGACUGGCAGGCCCUGUAUGACGGCACUCCGGGAAGCUUGCUGAUGGCUGGCUAUGACCGGUUGGGGGUGUUUGGUAAGAUUUGCGCGUUCGUCAACGUCUUGACGGUGGUUUCCAACAAUGCCCCGGGAGCAUAUUCCAUGGCGCUGAACUUCCAGAUGCUGGGAGAUUUUUGGUUGAAGAUCCCGCUCCCUGUCUUCACCAUUGCCAGCACUGUCAUCUACGCUGGAUGCGCGAUUGGAGGUCGAAACUUCCUCUAUCAGAUCUUCAAGAAUUUCCUCCCUCUGAUCGGCUAUUGGAUCAUCAUCUGGUUCACUAUUGCUGUCGAGCAAGAUGUGCUCUUCAAUCGAUGCAAAGGGUACGAUUGGACGGCUUGGAAUGAUCCACGAAAACUCCCCGUCGGAGUGGCUGCUGGAGUUUCUUUCCUCGUCGGAUGGGCAGGAGCCAUUGUUGGCAUGAACCAAGUCUACUAUGUCGGCCCGAUUGCGAGUGCGAUCGCAGGAGGUGCUGAUCUUGGUAUCUGGCUUGGAAUAGGCUUCACUGCCGUUGCCUUCCCUCCCUUGAGGUUCCUGGAAUUGAAGAUACUCGGCCGCUGA